AUGCUGGCUCAUAUUGCUGCCAAACGAAAGACCCCGGCCAGAUGCGCAGGUGGUGCUGCUCCGGCGGGAUUGAUACGAGGCGCAAGGAUCCGCGCCAACAAGGUGGUGAUCUAUCUUGGUGGCAGGUUUGAAGUUGCCGUGAUCAUCGCCCUCGUCAUGGAUGCGUUUUCUGUGGGUACAGCUGGCCUCGGAAUCUGUCACUUGGCGAGCGAAGCCGUCUGCAAGUUGAAGGAGGUAGAGUGGACGGAAGCUCAAACACCCGAAGCGCUCGAUGAUUUGGUAAUUUACGUGGAAAUUCUGAAGGAGACGGUGAAUACGAUAUUCCGCUCACGUCAGGGCUUUCGCCCUGUGCUCAAACCCAAUCUUCGUUUGUGCUUAGGAAGUGUGCGGUCCUUGGAGGCACUGGCUAAGGAGCCGCUGCCAGGGCUGAAACCGUCAGAUCUUUCUGAAGCUUCUGAUCGUUUUGUGCGGUCAGUGAAGUUACUGCGCAGUGUGGUGGCUGAUGCGGCCAUUCACAGAGUCCUUGAAACGCAAUGGGAGAUACUCCAGAACCUCUCGACCACCCUAGAGGCUCAAAGUCGCACCCUGAACAGCAUCCGGCAGUCUGUCAAGUCACAAGGCGCUGUUGAACUUGGCGAUGACAAUGAGGGUGAACAGACCUCGGCAAGCCUAUUCAUUCGCUUCUUCCGAACUCAUGAAUGGCCGGAACCAUUCGAUUGCAAUUUCCCGGCAACGGUGCUAUGUCCCGACCAAGACGACCCCAAAGAAUCAGAGUGCGCUGGACUACUGGACACCGGGAGCCCUAUCAACUUGGUAUCCUCCACGCUAGUGGAAAAGCUAGGGUUGUUCCACUGCGCCAAACAAUUGGAACCCUCCAAAGUAAAGACGUACGAUGUUGGUAACGGGGAACAUGUUCGACCCGAUAGACUCAUUACACUCCAUUGGAAACCAACCGGGCAUUUGAAGUUCGUGAAUACUCCCGAAGGUACAAGCUUCCUGGUGCAAGAGAGCCUUCCGGUCGAGUUGCUUCUCGGCCGUCAGUUUCUCCUGCCUGAGACCAGGAAGUUUGAACAAGAGGGCGAAAUCCGGUGGCCCAAGGACUUGGCUGUAUUUGUGCCGUCUGGUCCUAAGAUAAAAAAGCCCCUGGGGGAAAAAGACUUGGCUUCCUUGAAACAGAGUUCGAAACGCGAAGAGGAGCAAAAGCAGAACGCGAAGAAGAAUUACCACGAACUGCAGCGAAUUGUGCAGGCGGGGAAGCAAACACAAGCCCCGCGGCCAGGGUCAUCGAUGUCAAUGCAGCCGUCUCAAUCGCAGCCAGGCGCGUCAAGAACAGUUGCUGCGACCGGACCCAGCGCGGCCACCGCAGCGAACACCUUGGAGCCGUCAACUUCCGCUUCCCGACAGGGUGCGGCCACUUCCCGGCCGACGACAAAGCCGUGA